UUAAACCGCCACUUGGACCCUCAGUCUCUCACGUUACCAGUCUUCCCGUUCUCGCUCUCUGUGACGGUGGCGGCGAUGGGACGAGCGGCGGAGGAGGAGGGUGACGUGGAGUUUGCUGACUACGACCUGGACGACGAGGACGCCAUGGAGGAGGACGGCCGCGCCGCCCGUGCGCUCCCCGUGCCCCGCAUCGUCUCCCCCGCCGUGGUGCGCACCCGCGGGCGCUUCGUUGGUCGCAGCCCCUCCGUUCUCACCUCCAGCCGCUACCGCUUCGACUUCACCACUAACAACGGAGACCAUGGUCCCAUCCCACUACCGCAGCGCUCUAUCGAAGGCUGGGCAAUUCUUGUUUCUGGAGUUAAAGACGAUGCUGAAGAAGAUGAUCUUUACAAUGCUUUCAGUGAUUUUGGUCAUGUCAAGGACUUGCAUCUCAAUCUAGAACGCCGCACUGGAUAUGCCAAGGGAUACGCGCUGAUUGAAUACGAAAACUUUGAGGAAGCACAAGCAGCGAUCAGAGCAAUGAACGGGAGUCAGCUGUUCACAAAAACUAUCAAUGUUGACUGGGCAUUCAGCAGAGGUCCUAUACAGAAUUUCAAGAGUGCAAGGCCAUCACGCCCAAGAUCUAGGACUCCUCCGCGCAGGCUUGCUGCCUUGACGCCAUAUUGACUACCGCGGGGGAGCGGUGGCUAGGCUGUGUCAGUUCUAAAACUGAUCGUGUUUUGGCUGUGAGCAGCCGCUAGAUACUGCGACUUAUCGUUUGGCGCCCGAACCUUGAUUCUGCUAGACCUGUAUAUGCGCUUAGCUGGUUCAGCUAACUUGGGGGAGGCUGCUGCGCUUCGCUCCACUGACUGCUAUUGCCGAAGGUCCUCUAGUGUG